GACCGUGUUCAGUGGCGAAACCAGCGAAAGCUUUAAAAAUGGCGUCCAGCAAACAGCAUUUUUGGAUAUUCAGCUGAUCGAUAGCUCGAUAUAACCAUGCGAUGAUUAACUUCUUCGCAAUAUCUCCCUGGGAAAGCGGUGCUAAUUUAUCGGUGAACAAUUGGUAUUUUUCAAAUUCGUCCGUUCGUAGACUUCGGACAUCAUCGAAUACCUUCUUCUUUUCUUCAUAACCGGAAUGACUGAACACUUGGAGCUUCAACAUUUGGUAGACGGCGACAGCGACUGCGAGACUACGAAUCGUCGGAGAAACUUUUCAGUCUCCAGAUGCCGGUCUUGUCCAUACCUUGGCUUGAUGUUGGCGGCGCUGUCGUCGUUAUUCUUCUCACUAUGCAGUGUGAUAGUAAAGGGCCUUGUGGACGUAAAUCCAAUGGAACUAGCAGCGUUCAGAUUUGUAGGUGUGCUGCUACCAGCAAUACCUAUUGUAAUAUAUAAAGGGGAGCAUCCUUUUCCAAAAGGUCGUAGGAUAAUGUUGCUGCUGAGAAGUUUUGUCGGGACAACGGGACUUAUGCUAAGUUUUUAUGCUUUUCGACACAUGCCUUUAGCAGAUGCUUCCGUCAUCGUAUUUUCUGUUCCAGUAUUUGUAGCUAUAUCUGCCAGAAUUUUUUUGAAAGAGCCUUGCGGCAUAUUUAAUGUUAUAACAAUUUGCCUAACUUUAAUUGGCGUUGUCCUGAUAACGCGACCUCCGCUAAUUUUUGGACACACUGUCGAAUCUCUGACGGAUAAUCACGUAGAAACUGAAAAUGCUGAACUUUGGGGCGCUGUCGCCGCCUUUUCAGCCACAUUAUUUGGCGCGAAUGCCUAUGUACUGUUGCGCGCAUUGAAGGGGCUUCAUUUUUCAGUGAUUAUGACAAACUUUGGCUCAUUCGCACUGAUUCAAACGAUCGUUGUUACUUGGGCAAUAGGCGCGCUAUGUUUGCCACGCUGCGGGACAGACAGGCUACUAGUGGUUGCAUUAGCCUUAUUCAGCUUCGGCGGACAAAUCUUAUUAACCUUAGCUUUACAAAUGGAACAGGCAGGGCCUGUAGCGAUUGCAAGAUCGGCAGACAUAGUAUUUGCAUUCUUCUGGCAGGUGCUAUUUUUUAACGAAAUACCGAAUAGAUAUUCGGUCGGAGGAGCUAUUUUAGUUACCAGUUCUGUCUUGCUCACGGGGUUGAGAAAGUGGGCUCUCUCGUUGCCUGAAACUUCCAACAUGAAAAAAUCACUCGGCAUUCUAGCUGUUUGAAGUUCUAUUCAUUUAAAAUAAUCUAUACCAAAGUAUCGAGGCAAAAUGAUUUUUGAAAGUAAUACAAGUAUUAUUAUAUUUUUUGUUCUUUUUCAUUUGAAACUAAGGAGGUGUACCAAUUUAUGAUAUUGAUAAUUUGAGUUUCCUUGUAUAUUCAAAUCGUACAUAUAUGACUAAUAUGCUUUGCUUCUUUUAUUAAAUUCUCAAAAGCUUACUUACAGUACACUGUGAUUGGGUCGAUAUACUUACUAUUCUUUAGAUUUUCUUGUGCUGUAACUUAAUGUAGUAUAAAAAUAAGUGGUGCAUUUUUGACACGUAAUUCGAGCAAUUUUUUCAAGUACUAAUGCUGGGUCGAUAUAUUGAAGUAAAAGAUUUUUGUCUCAAAAACGUACUACAGCUUCUUUAUAUGUUACCCAAUACGAACUUGGGGAAAAACGAAAAAGAAACAAAAAAAAAAAAACGAACAAAUAAGACACAAAGUGAUUAGUACACUGACAAUGAGAAAAAAGUUGUCGAAGAAGAUUGUUUUCUGUCGUCCUGAGCAAACAAUUAUUUAUAGUGACACCUUAUUUAUUCUUGCGUCAAACAACUUUGUAUUCAAGUUUAUGAUAGAAAAAUUCGAGUAAUUUUUUAAUACUCGUAUAGUCAGAGUAUUGAAUACGUUGGUUUAUUAGUAUGAUAUCCUCAGCAAAGAGAUCUAUGCCUCAUUGUGAAAACGUAGAAAAUUUUUUAGUCAAUGCGUAUUUAAUUCUAUAAACCAAACUUGAAUUACAACGACGAAUUUGCUAUUUAAAUUGAAUAAUCCAAUAAUAUAUUACGUUAUAUGUGGUUACUAAAAUCACACGAAUCCAAAUUUAUCAACUGCGAAGGCCGCUGAGGUAUAAACAUGUUUGAAGUUACUUUGAAUGAAUUAUCAUUAUGGUUCAUUAACACGAAACACAUAUAUCGAAAAAUCAGAAGAGUAUCAAAAGAAGAGACCAAGAUUUUUUUCCAGAGAAAUAAUAUACAUUUUGUAAAGCCAGAUAUCAGUUUGUUGUGGAUAUGUGUAAUAUACAAUCGCUAGCUUUCGAAGUUGGCUUCAAGACUUUAUUCUCGAUUUUUAACGACACAACUUUCCUUCAAAACAAUAAAACGCUGGAAUUUUU